AUGAGCCAAGACCUUACCCUCCCCCGGAUUCUCUGCCUCCACGGCGCUGGUGUCAAUGCCCAAAUCUUCCGUAUCCAAUGCCGCGCCAUCAUGGCCCGGCUCAAGGACAAGUUUCGCUUCGUCUUCGCCGAGGGCCAGCUGGAGGACGAGGCGCACGAGGCCGUCGUGACAAUCUUUGCCGAGUUUGCGCCGUUCAAGCGCUGGCUGGCUUACAGGGACAAGCACGAGCCCAUGGACCCGACGGAAACGGCGCAGGGAAUCGUGAGGCAGAUCCGCGACGCGAUGGACAAGGACGAGGGCACGGGAGAGUGGGCAGGGCUGCUGGGGUUUUCGCAGGGCGGCGUCAUCGCGGCGAGCCUUCUCUGGGCGCAGGACCACAUCGAGGACGAGUCCAAGUGGCCGCUGCCCGGCGUCAAAUUCCGUUUUGCCGUCAUCAUGGCCGCUCCCGGGCCCGUCGUGCACAUUGACCGCACCGGCACGCUGCCCACGCCGCGACAUCUGGCCAGUGCAGGCGACCUUAUCCCCAGGUUCACGGACUGGCCUCAGGAGGGCCAGGAGGACGAGACGCACCUGGUGCUGACGCCGACGCUGCACGUCCACGGGCUGCAGGAUGCGGCGCUGGAGGCCCACCGGAAGCUUUACAAGUACAGCAAGAAGGGGACGUCGACGCUGCUGGAGUGGGAUGGAGGACACAGGCUGCCGAUCAAGACGGAUGACGUGGAGAAGCUGACGAACAGGAUGCUGCAGCUGGCGGAGCGGACGGGCAUGGAGUUUUACUACGACGAUGACUGGUGA